GCGGCUUGCGGGCGACCUCCAUCGACAUCAUGCUCAAGCCGACCUCCGUCCGAGGCGCGACCUCCAAGGUCCAUCUUCUUAACCUUUCUCCUGCAGAGGGCUCGCUACACUCGCAAAAACGCGUGGGGCGAGGGCGAAGGUCUGGUCUAGGAAAGACAUCCGGCCGCGGACACAAGGGUCAGAAGGCUCGCGGAGGGAACGGUAAACCUCGCCUUCAGUUCGAGGGUGGCCAGACACCCCUGGUCCGACUCAUACCCAAGCGGGGGUUCAUCAACCCUCAUGGAAAAACAUAUGCGCCAGUCAACCUGGACCGCGUGCAGCACUGGAUAGAGACCGGUAGGCUCACUUCUUCACCAGACAAACCCAUCACGGCGCGAGAAUUGCUCCUCAGUGGAUGCAUCCACGACGUACACGACGGGGUAAAACUAUUGGGCGAUGGCGCGAAGAACUUGCGUACUCCCAUUCAUAUCGCGCCCUCUCGCGCAUCCGCUUCCGCCAUCAAGGCUGUGGAAGAAGCCGGAGGCUCCGUCUUCUGCAGGUAUUACAACCGACUUGCUCUGUACGACUGCGUCAAGGGCCGGACGGACAGGGUGGAUGCCGCACCGACCAAGCGGGAGGAUAUACUGUGGUACACAUCGUUCAAGAACCGGGGUUACCUUGCACCCGAGAGUAUCGCACGCAUGCCCGUGGUUCAGGAGCGCUGGAAGACGCUCUCGGAGCAGCUGACGGCGUACCGGAAGGAGGAUUUCGACCGCGCGCGGAAGUAGAGAUCUCGCGACCCUUAGAAACUACCCACCGCAUCUCACGUACAAGCGUAGUCGUUAUCGAUUCGUCCUUCCUCUCAGCGCCCUAAUAUAAGCAGCGUACCAGGAAUAUAGAUCGGAAUCGCAUGCCGUCCGCACGCGAUAGGG